AUGGCGGCGCUCGAACCGGGGUCAAACGCGUGCGUGCGCGAGGUACGACGAGGCUUCUUGGCCUGGGUUACCGCCAGCCUCUAUGUGGUGCUGACGUCGGACUACGACAUUUUCAUCCAGCAGUUGGACAUCGCGAGCACAGACCUCAGGGGGUUGCGUUUCGGCCCAUCGGGCGGGGGACUCCCCGUGGGCCUGGCGGGCGGCCGGGUGUACCGUUUCACCGUGGCGCCCGCGCCGGCCGAGCUCGUGGCGCUGCUGGCCGAGGGGGAUUCAGCGGCGAUCGCGGCGCGGAGGGCAUCGCCCGCAGUGCCGCUGCCGCUGCCCGCGCCCCCGGCGCCGCCCACCCCCGGCGCGACGGCCUCGCACGGCGCUGGUGGCACGCGGGUGCUGGACGUGCCCGGCAGGAGCCGCGUGGUCGGGCAGGAGGCGCUGCCACCUGCGGCGCUCGAUGUCGGCGGCCGCUCCGCGGUGACCCUCGCGGGCGAGGUCUGCACGGUGACGCGGCUCGAGCCGAACGCGGACAUCGACGCCUGGGCCCGCGCGGGGCGAGCCGCGGUUGCUGGCCAUGGGUGCGCGGCGCCGAGGACCACGCCCUCUCUGGCCGGCGCCAGCCUGCUGGUCCGCGAGCCGAGCGUGCCGAUCCGCCUGCGGGGGCCCCCCCACGAUGGGCGACGCGGUCAGCGGGCUGCAGUCGCGGGCACCAGCACCGGGGUGAUCUCGAAGGCCCUCGAGCUCGCGGUGUCCGACGGCCUCGACCUCGCCAACCUCACCUCAUAUGGAGUACCUGAACCGACGCCGGCAGCUGCUGACCCCGAGAAGGCGGACUUCGAGGGCGCGCACCACGUCAUGGGGGAGGACGAGGUGUCGUCAGGCGCGCUGGCGGCGCCGUCGCUGCGGGAACACGUGGCGGCGGAAUUCUCGAGGGAGGGCGCCAUCGACAAGGAGCGCCGCAAGGCGAAGGAGGCGAAGAAACCAGGCCCCAAAGGGGCCAAGGAGAAGGACUGA